CGGCCACCCUUCCCUGUCUCUCUCUCUCUCCCCCACCCUCCGCUCCUCCCCCUCUCCUCCCAACCCCACCCCCGCGCAGCCUUCCCCCACCGUGCGUGCCCGGCACGUGCUCCCUCCUCCACCCUAUCUCCGGCCGCCGCCAGACCGCGAGACGCGACCUCCGGACGCGAAAGGCGCGGCCUUUCCAUUUGGGUUUGUUCUUGUAAAGGAAGGUUCUUUGGUCUUUCCGGGAGGUGUUCGGCGCGGAGGGGGGCAUGGACCACGGCGGCGGAGGCGGGGGAGGGGGUGGCGCGCCGUCGAGCAGCAACAGCGGUGGGGCGAGCGCUGGUGGCACGAGCGGUGCCCGUGGCGGCGCGGGGGGCGACCACCACCCGCAACACCCGUUCUACUACGCCGGCACGGCGGCGUCCAACUCCGUGCCGCAGCAGCAGCCGUCGCCGUUCGCGGGCGCGCUCGCCAUCACCCCUGUCCCCGCCGACCAAGCCCAGCCGUCGUCGGCUGCUGGCGACAAGAAGGCGCUCGUGCCGGCAGCCCCCGCGGCGGGGACCGUGGCGAAGCGGCCGUCCAAGGACCGGCACACGAAGGUGGAUGGCCGUGGCAGGCGGAUUCGGAUGCCGGCGCUGUGCGCGGCGCGGGUGUUCCAGCUGACGCGGGAGCUCGGCCACAAGUCUGACGGCGAGACCAUCGAAUGGCUGCUGCAGCAGGCGGAGCCAGCUAUCCUCGCGGCCACUGGCACCGGUACCAUCCCGGCCAACUACUCAUCCCUCAACAUCUCCAUCCGCUCCGGUGCUGCCGCCGCCGCCGCCGCCAACCCCGCCCGCGCCGCGCAGUUCCCGGCGCUCGCGCUCCACCCGCACCACCAUCAGCCGGUUCCCACGCAGCACGACAUGUCCGCCAUGAUGGGGUACCACCACCACCUCCUCCCGCCGCAGCAGGAGCAGCCGCAGGACCCUUCCUUCAUGAGGAAGCGGUACAGGGAGGACCUGUUCAAGGAGGACGAUGACCGCCAAGAUCCGAACGCGCCCAAGGCCCGCGAGCAACAGGCGACGCCGCAGCCGCCGCCGUCUACCGCAAUGUGGGCCGUGGCCCCGAACAUCGCGGCGCCCGCCGGCGGGUUCUGGAUGCUGCCCGUUUCCGCGAGCUCAGCCGCCGCGGCCCGACCGGCUGAGCAGCCCAUGUGGUCCUUCAGCGGCGGCGGCGGGAGCGGCACCGUGCAGGCGCCACUGCAGUUCAUGUCCAGGGCCGGCUACCCCGGCAGCGGCGGCGGCGAGGGCAUGUCGGACACCAACCUGGGCAUGCUCGCCGCGCUCAAUGCGUACAACCGCGGCGGCAGCGAGGACCAGCAGCAGCACCAGCAGCCCGAGGUGGACCAGCAGCGCGACGGCGACGAGGACGAGGACGGCGACGACAGCGGGGAAGCGAACCAUGGCAACAACAGCUCACAGUAAGGUCGCAAGAACAUGAUGAACUAUGAGAUCGCCACCAUGAUCGCAUCGUGCUGGUAGCAUCCACUAGGUGUUGAACGUGAGAAUUUUGCUGUCUCCUGGGGAGGAUCGCUUUGAGCUGUCACUGGAUUGGGUUAGGAGGAUUUGAUGGAGGAAAGGGUGGAAUCAAUCAUUGGAGGAUCACUAGUGUUUGUGCAAGCAAGCAUAGCAACUGAAGCAAGCCAAGCCAAGCCGAUGCAAGAGCAACACUCCUUGCUAGUUUGAUUAGCCUUGUUAUUUUUUGCAUUUACUUCUGUUUUUUUUGGAUUGUUCUAUGAGUGAUUGCGUUGUUGAGAUGGGUGUGAUGAUGAUUAGUGGCUCCAAAUUAGGAGGGCCAAGGACAGGGGUUUGAGAGGUAUCUGUAUAUACAGCUGAUCAUCUUGAUUUUUGCUUCAUUGUUAAUUCUAGUUUUUUUAGGUAAUUAGUUCUAGUUUUUCCUCGCGAAAAGAAUGUCAACUUCAUUGUUACCAUGAUCUUUUGUAGGACACAAUGUGUUGUUUUAUUCUGGUGUUUUCUGUGCCCAUGUCUUGUGCUGAUACGUUGCUGGGUCUGUUGCAAUCAUCUUGUGGUUUUA